CGUAUUGACAGGAUCAAUUUUGACAAUAUCAUCAUCAGAUUUCCUGUUGUGUCAAAUUGUAUGGGAAACUUGUAGCUCAAUUUGAUUGUUGAUUUUAAGGAAGAAAGUGAAAUAAAUUAAAUUUAUUUAUACUCAGCUACUAGCUACUAGCUUGUUAUUCAAAAUGAUGGACUGCGUGGAAGAAACCAGCCAUGAUCCCCUGUCAGCUCCGGCUGCCCAGACCCCUGGCUCCAUAGACCCCAAGCUUGAGAAGAAGAAACCUAAUGAGAAUGUCAGCCUGGCUGAUAACAGUUUGCUGGUGGACAUAUCGGAUGCUCUGAGCGAGAAAGAAAAAGUCAAGUUUACGGUGCACACUAAAACAACACUACCGGAGUUCCAGAAGUCUGAGUUUAUAGUUGUGCGGCAACAUGAGGAGUUUGUGUGGCUGCAUGAUAGAUAUGAAGAGAAUGAGGAGUAUGCUGGUUAUAUUAUCCCACCAGCGCCCCCUAGGCCGGACUUCGACGCUUCACGUGAGAAGUUGCAACGUCUCGGUGAGGGAGAAGGAGCCCUCACGCGGGAGGAGUUCCUCAAGAUGAAGGAGGAGUUGGAGGAUGAAUAUCUAGCAACGUUUAAGAAGACGGUGGCUAUGCACGAAGUAUUCCUGCAGCGCCUGGCCGCUCACCCUGUCUUCAGAAACGAUUCCCAUCUCCGAGUCUUCCUGGAGUAUGAACAGGAUCUCUGUGCCAAACCGAGGGGGAAAAUGGACCUGAUUGGUGGAUUGAUGCGGUCAAUGACGACCACUACAGAUGAGAUCUACCUCGGGGCGACGGUGCGCGAUGUUAACGAUUUCUUCGAACAAGAGACGACGUUCCUUCAAGAGUAUUAUUCACAUCUCAAAGAGGCUGUAGCUAAGGUCGACCGUAUGACUACUAAGCAUAAAGAGGUGGCGGACGCCCACAUCAGACUGUCGUCCUGCAUCACGCAGCUUGCCACCAGGGAACAGCCCCCCACCGAGAGGUUCCUCACCAGGGCCGCUGAGACAUUCGACAAGUGCAGGAAAAUCGAAGGUCGCAUGGCAUCAGACCAGGAUCUGAAGCUAGCCGAUACUCUCCGGUACUACAUGAGAGACGCUCACGCUGCCAAGGCAGUCCUCGUCAGGAGACUCAGAUGUUUAGCAGCUUAUGAAGCUGCUAAUAGAAAUCUGGAGAAGGCCAGAGCUAAGAACAAGGACGUCCAUGCUGCGGAACAAGCUCAGGCGGACGCAUGCGCGAAAUUCGAGCAACUGUCUGCGCGUGCGCGGGAAGAACUCAUCGAUUUCCGCACUCGAAGAGUGGCUGCGUUCAAGAAAAGCCUCCUAGAUCUAGCAGAAUUGGAGAUUAAACACGCUCGCUCCCAACAGGAACUGUUCAGAAAGUCACUGCAAGUAUUAAAAGAAUGCCAGUAAAAUAAUGAAAAUAUAUAAUCUUUUAGGAAUUAUUGUUAUCAAUAUCAUAAUACAAUAU